AUGCCGCGGCGCGCGUGGGGCUUCGACUAUUGCGAGCCCCUGCCCCAUUCCGCCCUCGCCGCGGUGUAUUACGCGGGGGCGAUGGACUACGACGGCCGCGCGUGCGGGUGCCGGAUCGAGUGCUUCCGCGCCGUGCUGCGGGCCCUGAGCGAAGGAAAACCCGCCCGGCCGGGGACUUUGGAACUGCCCCCCUUCCCGGCGGCCGAGGACGACGCCGAAUCGCCGCCGGGGGACCCGCCAGACGCGAUUUCGGCCCCGCCGAGCGGCGCGGAGGGGGAGGCCCGCCGCGAUGACGCGAGCGGCCUCUCUUCGUUGGCCUCCCGCCUGCAGAAGGACUACGCGGCGGCCGAAAUCGCCCGGGCGAAGGACGACGCGGACCGGCAUUUCCCUCGAAACGUCUCGCCGCUGUUGGCGGCCCGUCUUCCGCGCUUUCCUUUCCUGACGUGGGUGAUUUUGCUCUGCCACGGGGGCUACUUCGCCGGCGGGGUCUUUGACGAGGGGCGGUGCGUCCUUCACAAGGCCUUCCAACGCUACGUGGUGCGCAAAAAGCAGGGCGGAAAGCAAUCCUCAAACGCGAAGGACGGCGGCGGGAGCUAUCACAGCGCGGGGUCGAUGAUUCGCGCCGCGCAGGAGCUGGAGUGGCGGCGGGAGGUGCGACAAAUCAUCUGGGACUGGCAGCCUUAUAUCGAUCGAGCCGCCUUCAUUCUACACGCCGCCCCGGGGCCGCAAAAUCUCGCGAUGUUGACCGAUUUCUCCUCCCUUCCGCCGCCCUCGAACGGCGUGGGGCGGCCUUCGCCGAUCCGCACUUCGGAUCCGCGGGUUCAGCGGGUGCCGAUCACCACCCACCGCCCGAAAUAUGAAGAGGUCCAGCGCAUUUAUGAUAUUGUUUCGCAGUAUAAUGUGGUUUAUGUUGUUCCCGAAUAA